AUGAUGAACUUUCUGCGGCGCAGGCUCUCGGACAGCAGCUUUAUCGCCAACCUGCCCAAUGGGUACAUGACCGACCUGCAGCGGCCGGAGCCCCAACAGCCUCCCCCUCCGGCUGCCUCUUCGGCAUCUCCUUCGUCCUCUUCCCCGGCCUUGGAGCGCAAGCCGCCGCAGCCGGCAGCACCUCCGCCUCAGCCGUCGCAGCCGCUGCCGCCGCCGCCGCAGCAGCAGUCGGUGGGCAGCAGCUUCUUCAGCUCCCUCUCCAACGCCGUGAAGCAGACGGCAGCCUCGGCGGGCUUUGUGGACGCCUCCUCGUCUUCCUCAGCGGCAGCCAAAAAGUUCAAGCUGCUCCUGGUCAUCGACGAGCCUCAGACGGACUGGACCAAAUGUUUUCGUGGGAAAAAAGUCCAUGGAGAAUACGACAUCAAAGUUGAGCAGGCACAAUUUUCAGAGGUCAGUUUGAUAGCUCAUGCUGAUGGGAAUUAUUCUGUAAAUGUGCAAGCUUUUCGAAAUGGCACUAAAGUUGUCAAGUCAUUCAAGCCUGACUUCGUUCUUGUCCGGCAACAUUCAUUCAGCAUGGCCGAAAAUGAAGAUUUUCGCAAUUUAAUUAUUGGAAUGCAUUAUGCAAGCAUCCCAAGUGUUAACUCUCUAGAGUCAAUCUACAACUUCUGUGACAAGCCCUGGGUAUUUGCCCAAUUGGUGUCCAUCUAUAGAUCCCUGGGAGCAGAGAAAUUUCCUCUGAUUGAGCAAACCUUUUAUCCAAAUCACAAAGAAAUGCUGACAUUGCCAACAUUUCCUGUUGUUGUGAAAAUUGGACAUGCUCAUUCAGGCAUGGGAAAGGUCAAAGUAGACAACCAUUAUGAUUUUCAGGAUAUAGCCAGUGUGGUAGCCCUUACCCAGACCUAUGCUACCACUGAACCCUACAUAGACUCCAAAUAUGACAUCAGGAUCCAAAAGAUUGGAAACAACUAUAAAGCCUACAUGAGAACUUCUAUAUCUGGAAAUUGGAAGACAAACACUGGAUCUGCAAUGUUAGAACAAAUUGCUAUGACAGACAGAUACAAGCUCUGGAUUGAUAGCUGUUCUGAGAUGUUUGGUGGCUUGGAUAUAUGUGCUGUCAAAGCAGUCCAUGGGAAGGAUGGAAAGGAUUAUAUUUUUGAGGUUAUGGGUUCUGCAACACCUUUGAUUGGUGAGCACCAGGCUGAAGACAAACAGCUUAUAACUGAGCUUGUUGUAAGCAGAAUGAACCAACUUUUAUCUAAAACACCUAUACCAUCUCCUCAGAAACCAACUGCUACUCAGCAACCUCAGACUGGAUCGGCUAAGGAGUCCGAAUCAACUAAAGUCCCAUCCCAGCGACCACCUCCUCAAGGGGGCCCAGUGCAACCCCAAGGAAUGCAAUCACAAAGCCAGGAGCCACCCCAAGGGUUCCCACCGGGGCAUUCAGGAAAGUCCUCCAGUUCUCUGCCUCCACGUCCACCUGGCCCUGCGAUUCAGCCAUCACGUUCCCAGGCCUCAGGUCCUUCAAGUGCUGGGCCUCCAGCAGACAUGAAGACUGAGCCCUCACCAGACUCAUCCCAGAAGCCUCAGUCACAUCCUCAGCUAAACAAAUCACAAUCUCUGACAAAUGCCUUCAACUUCACGGAGUCAUCCUUCUUCCGAUCAUCUGUGAAUGAGGAUGAAGCAAAAGCUGAAACCAUCCGAAACUUAAGAAAAUCUUUUGCCAGCCUGUUUUCAGAUUAA